CGGUGAAGUCGUCAAUGAUCAAUCUUUUCAUUUGCUGUUUACUGUCUUUUACUAUAUCUUUCAGUUUUUCUACAUUAGAAACUGUUUUUGUCUACAAAAUACGCUAUUUGAGAAAAAAAGAUGGAGGUUAUCGUAGCUAAUGUUGAUCAUAUUAAAUUUGAUAUAGAUUACGCGUUAGAAGAACAGUAUGGAGCGUUACCGCUACCUUUCCCGGGGAUGGACAAGUCAACCGCGGCCGUGUGUGAAUUCUUUAGUCAACCCGGAGGCUGUGGAAAUGGUCCUCAGUGCCCGUAUAGGCAUGUCCGGGGAGAUCGCACGGUUGUUUGCAAACAUUGGUUAAGAGGUCUCUGUAAAAAAGGCGACCAAUGUGAAUUCCUCCACGAAUAUGACAUGUCCAAGAUGCCUGAAUGUUAUUUCUAUGCCAGAUUUAAUGCUUGUCACAAUAAAGAAUGCCCUUUCCUGCAUAUUGACCCUGAGAGCAAAAUUAAGGAUUGUCCAUGGUAUGACAGAGGAUUUUGCCGCCAUGGACCACAUUGUAGACAUCGACAUGUGAGACGUGUUUUAUGCAUGAACUAUCUGGCUGGAUUCUGUCCUGAUGGGUCUGGUUGCAAGUACAUGCACCCAAGGUUCGAGCUUCCAGCUCCUCCAGAACAAACAAAAGAUGCUAAAAGACUACCUGUUUGUCACUACUGCUCUGAAGUUGGCCAUAAAGCUUCGUCUUGUAGUAAGAUACCAGCAGAGCAAAGAGAAGCAGCUUUAAGACAAGAAGAAGCUAGAUACAGAGCACUAGGCUACAUUAAACUAGCCAAUGAAAGUGAAAUUAAUGAAAUGAACAACCAAAGGAUGCAGAGAGUAGUUCACAAACCAUUAGAAGAAGUAACCUGCUUCAAAUGUGGCACUAAGGGACAUUAUGCUAACAAAUGCCCAAAGGGACACCUUGCCUUCUUAUCCAGUCAAGCCAACCAGAACCAUAAUGCAAAUACUUUUAAGAAACCUAACUAGUAUAAAUAUGUGAAGCCCUCAAAGAGGCUUCAGUGAUGAACUUUUAAUAUUUAAGAAAUGUGGAAAUGUUAUUUACUGUCUAUAUGCUAUAAAUAUAAUACAGUGACUGGAAUUUCAGUUAAACCAGGUGAAGAAAAGUACUAAGAACUUUGAAUAAAUUUCACUAUUACUUGACUUUGUGAUGCUCUUUGUUAAACAUUAUAAUAUAAUGAGG